GGCCAUUGUUAAUCGGUUACUGACAAAGUCCCGUUAUUACACGACAUUAUAUUAUUGCGACAGUAUCGAAACAUUUACGAUACCUGCCUUCAUUUCGCGGAUGAUCUUUACUAAUUACUACAAAACUAAAUUUACUAUCGUUCCAACAUGAAUGACAAAAUUCACGAAACUGGUUAAGUGUCAUGUCCCCUGAACAAUUAUUAAAAUAUAUAUGCCGUAUAUUGGUUUCGUCUUGUUUGAAUAGAAUAAGCAUAUUAGCGUUAUCCCGUAUCAAUUGUUUACCUACAUAACUAAACGAUUGUGUUAAAUAAAAUAUGUCAAUGUUAUUAUGUCUGCCUCGAGUAAAAUAGGUUCUUAUAAUUUCUUGAGAUUCGGUUAUUACGUCGUCGAAUAUAAAAACUGAAUUUGGCAAUGCGUCUUCAGGGCUAAUUACAGUGUCGUUUUCAUGAAACAUGAAUAUUUGCAUUCCAUGUAUACUUUCUAUAAUAUCCUUAAGCGUUUGAUAUUUUGGCUGAUCAAGAGUUUUUGAAUAUAUGUAAAUAUUUUUGAAUUUGACACCGUUUUCAGCGACUAGUAAAGAAAAUAAAACAUUAGUUUUACCACAGCCCGACGGUCCCGCAAUAAUCGCUCUAAUAGAGUUUGGAAAUAAAGUGCCGUGUCGGGGAGGUUUAUUGUCAUUAUUUUCAGUAUCUGCGUUUAUCACGGGGAGUUUAACACUUUGCUGUAUAAACUUCAUGUUUUCCACUAUAAAUAGUUUAUCAGGACAGUAAACUGAUCAAAUGAUGUCUCGUCACGGUCGCAACAAGUCUAAAAGUGGUGUCGGUCUAUUCAAUACGCUCUUAAAUAAAUUACCUAUAGAAUUACACCUCAAAGGUUAUAAUUACUGUGGUCCCGGCACCCGGUUAAAAGAACGUUUAGCAAGGGGCGACGUGGGGGUAAACAAACUCGACGAACUCUGCAAAUCUCACGACAUUUUUUACGAUAAACAUCAUUCGACUGCAGAAAGACAUAAGGCAGACGAAGUAUUAGAACACGGGGCUUGGGACAUUGUUAAAUCAAAGGACUCUGGAUUUAAAGAACGGGCUGCAGCAUACCUAGUUACCAACGCCAUGAAAGCAAAACGUAAAAUCGGAAUGGGUUGUGGUUUUAAAACUAUAGUUUCUGAAGCAAAAAAGGCUAUUAAGAAACAUAAAAAGACAGCAGGCAAAGAUAUUACAAAAUUAAUAAAAAUUGCGUUGACCGCUGCACGCAAAAAAACUCGUCGUGGUAGCAUUUCCCCCACGCCACGUGUAAUACCAGUGCCGAAAUCCGGUGGAGCGCUUCCUCUUAUUCCUAUUUUUGCCGCUUUAUCAGCGUUAGGAUCUCUAACCGGCGGGGCGGGUAGUAUUAUACGUUCAAUCAUGGACGCGAGAGAAGCAAGCGAUAAAAAAUCUACAGUAAAACUCGGCAAAGGUUUAUACCUUAAACCUUAUAAGAACGGUGCCGGUUUAUUUUUAUCACCGCCCAAGACAAAAAAUUAA